GAGAAGUUGCCAAUAAUCAGCAACAAACGUUUUAACGUCUGAACUCAGAUGUAGAAUGUUCUUUCUCUCCAUUGUCUUAUGAAGCAAUGAAGGUCGAAUUUUUUAAUUCAGUUCAACAAAAAUUUUUAAAGUGUUAGUACAUUCGUUGGAAAGUUAUUGAUUGGAAAUUUUGUGUGGACCCACAAAUAUUACAAAAUUACGCCAUUGCUAGCUGUAUGGAAACAAAACAAAAACGUGUGUCAUAAUUCCGCGACAUAAAGUAUAUAAGUGUUUUUUGCAAAUACACAGUGCAAUCCCCAAAUUUCUUACUACACGUUGUCCGGGUGUUGUCUUUUCGCGGUAGAUGUGCUGUCUCAUUCGUUCGCCUUGUUCGUCCUAAUUGUACGUUGCUUACGGCACGGUUAACAUAAUUUAUUUUACGGAUUGAUUUACUUUGUUUAUUGUAUCCUUGCUGCAGCAAUAGUGAUUUUUUUGACAAAUGGCCACAAUAGAUGGACGACCGACGCAAUAUGGGAUAUCUCUUAAACAGUUACGGGAGCUUAUGGAGCAUCGUGGCAGGGAAGGCGUAGUAAAACUUAGCGAAGUUGGCGGUGUCAACAAAUUGUGUGACAAAUUAUAUACAUCCACAAACGAUGGCUUGAGAGGAUCAAGGUCUGAUAUUGAACAUAGGCGCGAAACGUUUGGUUCAAAUGUUAUCCCACCGAAACCACCAAAAACUUUUUUAACAUUAGUUUGGGAAGCGCUACAGGAUGUGACACUUAUUAUUUUAGAAGUAGCUGCUUUAGUUUCACUUGGAUUAUCCUUUUACAAACCCGCCGAUGAGGAUGCACCCGUACUACAAGAAGAGGAGGAUCAUCACGGUUGGAUUGAAGGUCUAGCAAUAUUGAUAUCAGUCAUUGUUGUAGUAUUUGUGACAGCGUUCAAUGAUUAUUCGAAAGAGCGCCAAUUUCGAGGACUGCAAAAUCGUAUUGAAGGUGAGCAUAAGUUUUCGGUUAUCCGCGGAGGAGAGGUUUGCCAAAUAUCUGUUGGUGAUAUCGUUGUCGGCGAUAUUGCGCAGAUAAAGUACGGUGACUUGUUGCCAGCGGACGGUAUUCUUAUACAAAGUAACGAUUUAAAGGUCGAUGAAUCUUCUUUAACGGGUGAAUCAGAUCAUGUUAAAAAAGGUGUAGACGUAGAUCCCAUGGUUCUUUCGGGAACACACGUUAUGGAAGGUAGCGGGAAAAUGGUGGUAACUGCUGUGGGUGUAAAUUCCCAAGCAGGUAUAAUAUUCACGCUAUUGGGUGCUGCUGUUGAUGAACAAGAAGCUGAGAUGAAGAAGCGGAAAAAAGAAGCUAAAAAGGCGAAAAAGCAAAGCAAGAGCUUAACAGGUGUUGAUGAUGGCCGGGCGCCCAUUAAAAACAUGUCCCCACCACCAACAGACGGUGUCAAAUCUGAAUCCGAUGGUAAUCACGUUCAACAAGCUUCAUCCCCAGCUGAAGCUAGUCAUAAAAAGGAAAAGUCUGUUCUGCAAGCGAAAUUGACAAAGUUGGCUAUACAAAUUGGUUAUGCCGGUUCUACAAUAGCUGUAUUAACUGUUAUUAUACUAGUUAUCCAGUUCUGCAUAAAGACUUUUGUUAUUGAAGAAAAACAGUGGAAAAAUACUUAUGCAAACAAUUUGGUUAAACACUUGAUUAUUGGCGUCACCGUAUUAGUAGUAGCAGUUCCAGAAGGUUUGCCAUUAGCUGUUACACUGUCGUUAGCAUAUUCCGUGAAGAAAAUGAUGAAAGACAACAACUUAGUGAGACAUUUAGAUGCUUGUGAAACCAUGGGUAACGCCACUGCCAUUUGCUCGGACAAGACUGGUACUCUUACAACAAAUCGAAUGACUGUCGUUCAAUCUUAUAUAUGUGAAAAAUUGUGUAAAGUUCUUCCAACUUUGAACGAUAUACCGCAACAUGUGGGCAAUUUGAUAACAAUGGGUAUUUCAGUGAAUUCAGCUUACACAUCCAAUAUCAUGCCUGGUCAAAAUCCUGGAGAUCUACCAAUACAGGUAGGCAAUAAAACUGAGUGUGCUUUGUUAGGAUUCGUUCAAGGUUUAGGAGUUAAAUAUCAGUCGAUUCGUGACGAAAUUACUGAAGAUAAGUUUACAAGAGUAUAUACAUUUAAUUCCGUUCGCAAAAGUAUGGGCACAGUCAUUCCUCGUCCAAAUGGUGGAUAUCGCCUAUUUUCAAAAGGAGCUUCUGAAAUUAUGCUUAAAAAGUGUUCUUUUAUUUAUGGCCACGACGGAGUUUUGGAAAAAUUCACUCGCGACAUGCAAGAGCGACUCAUACGAGAAGUCAUUGAACCGAUGGCUUGUGAUGGCCUUCGUACUAUUUCCGUUGCAUAUCGUGAUUUUGUACCUGGCAAAGCAGCUAUAAACGAAGUUCAUAUUGAUGGCGAACCAAACUGGGAUGACGAAGAUAAUAUUAUGACUAAUUUGACAUGCUUAUGUGUUGUAGGAAUUGAAGAUCCCGUCCGUCCCGAAGUUCCUGAUGCUAUACGGAAGUGUCAGAGAGCUGGCAUAACUGUCCGCAUGGUUACCGGUGAUAACAUUAACACUGCACGUUCAAUCGCUUCUAAAUGUGGUAUAUUGCGCCCAAACGACGAUUUCCUCAUUUUAGAAGGCAAAGAGUUCAACCGUCGAAUUAGGGACAGUAAUGGAGACGUUCAACAACAUUUACUUGAUAAAGUGUGGCCAAAGCUUCGAGUGUUAGCGCGUUCAUCACCAACAGACAAAUACACCCUUGUUAAAGGUAUUAUUGACAGCAAAGUAAGCGAAAACCGUGAAGUCGUCGCUGUGACUGGUGAUGGAACUAAUGAUGGUCCGGCGUUGAAGAAGGCUGACGUAGGCUUUGCAAUGGGGAUUGCUGGGACGGAUGUGGCAAAGGAAGCCUCUGAUAUUAUAUUAACAGAUGAUAAUUUCAGCAGUAUUGUGAAAGCAGUAAUGUGGGGACGAAAUGUGUACGAUUCAAUUGCUAAAUUUUUGCAAUUUCAAUUGACAGUGAAUGUCGUUGCCGUGAUUGUUGCAUUUAUUGGCGCAUGUGCAGUCCAAGAUUCACCACUAAAGGCUGUUCAAAUGUUGUGGGUAAAUCUCAUUAUGGAUACUCUUGCAUCAUUGGCCUUAGCAACUGAACUUCCAACACCAGAUUUGCUUUUACGUAAACCGUACGGUCGUACUAAACCUUUGAUAUCACGCACAAUGAUGAAAAAUAUUUUGGGACAAGCUUUGUAUCAGCUAUUUAUUAUUUUCGGGCUAUUGUUUGUGGGAGAUUGGAUACUUGAUAUUGAAUCCGGGCGUGGCCAAGACCUUGGUGCUGGACCUACACAACAUUUCACUAUAAUUUUUAAUACAUUCGUAAUGAUGACUUUGUUCAAUGAGAUAAAUGCAAGAAAAAUACAUGGACAGAGAAAUGUAGUAGAAGGUUUAUUCACUAAUCCGAUAUUUUAUACAAUAUGGAUUUUCACAAUGAUUUCUCAGGUUGUUAUUAUACAAUACGGUAAAAUGGCAUUCUCCACUAAGGCACUGUCUCUUGAUCAGUGGUUAUGGUGCAUAUUUUUUGGUAUUGGUACGUUAGUAUGGGGACAAUUAAUCACUUCAGUGCCUACAAGAAAAUUGCCUAAAAUUUUAUCGUUAUAGGCGGUGAACUGCAAGAGCGUUUGAUUCCGGUACCCUACAGCAAGAGCAACACUGAUCAAGCUAUUCGCGUGGUCAACGCAUUUCGUCAAGGACUUGAUGGCCGUUACGGUGAACACACCAACACUUCCUUAGCUGAAGUGUUACGCAAGCAAUCUUCUUUGAGCAAACGUCUGUCAGAGACUUCAUCCAUAGAAUAUGCCGAUAAUAUACCUGAUGAAUUGACUAUACCAGAAAUAGAUGUGGAGCGACUAUCUUCGCACAGCCACACAGAGACAGCAGUUUAAGCGAGCAACAAGCCAACACUCAUACUGAUGACAGUGUAAAUGGAAAAGGCAGAAA